AUGGGGGAUUUCAAUGAUAUUCUAUUUAGCAAUGAAAGAGUGGGAAAAGGAUCUACUAAAAGUCUUACUCAAAAUUUUCGAGAUUGUGUGGAAAAGUGUAACUUGGAAGACCUGAAAUACUCUGGGAUUUUUUAUACCUGGAAUAAUAAGCAAAAGCCAGAGGAUCGAGUUUUCUCUAAGCUAGAUAGAGCCUUAGUUAAUCCUCAAUGGACAGAUUGCUUUCAGUAUUCGGAGGCUAACUUUUUACCUGAGGGAUGCUUUGAUCACAACCCCAUAUUGGUCUCUCUUUAUCAGGAUGUGAUUAGUGGCAGGAAACCAUUUCGAUAUUUUCGAAUGUGGAAGGAUGCAGAUGAUUUUGAUGAGCGAAUUGCUAAGAGUUGGCAGGAAGGAGUUGAAGGCACGGAGAUGUAUAAGCUGACAGUAAAACUUAAACGCUUAAAACAAAUUCUUAAGUGCAUUAAUAAGGAAGGUUUUCAUGAGAUUCACAAAGCAGAAAUGAUAGCAAAGGAGGAAUUGGUGGUUUUGCAGGAAGCAGUGAAUAAAGAUCCCCAAAACUCUCGUUUACAGAAUGAGGAACAAGUGGCUCGGGACAAAUAUGCUAAAGCUCCAGGUCCAGAUGGUUUUGGAAGUUGUUUCUAUCAAGAUAAUUGGGAAUUGGUUGGUUCAGAUGUGGUAUUUGCUGUUCUGUCCUUUUUGAGAUCAGGAAGAAUUCUUAAGGCAAUUAAUACAACUACCAUUACUCUUAUUCCUAAGAGCAGUUGUCCGCGAAGUGGGGGUUUUGUACAUGGAAGAUAUAUUGCCCAUAAUAUCAUGGUUUGUCAGGAUUUGGUGAGAUUAUAUGGGCGGAGCAAUUGCAAACCUAGCUGUAUGAUAAAAAUUGACUUAAGGAAAGCUUAUGACACAAUAGAAUGGGGGUUCAUUGAAGAGAUGCUCAAGGCUUUUGAGUUUCCUCAAUCUUUUUUAGAUUUAAUAAUGGCAUGUGUAACAACUCCCAAAUUUUCCUUGCUUCUCAAUGGCUCUUUACAAGGGUUCUUUGCAUCAAAAAGAGGACUUAGACAAGGAGAUCCCAUCUCCCCCUUGUUGUUUGUGCUUGGGUUGGAAUACUUGUCCCGAAUUAUGAGAAAGGUGGGGUCAUUACCUGGAUUCAAGUACCAUAAUAAAUGUUCAAAUCUGAAGUUGAAUCACUUAUGUUUUGCGGACGACCUCCUUAUCUUUUGCAAUGGAGAUUUUGUCUCAAUAAUGCUUAUGUUGAGGGGUUUGAAGUUGUUCUCUUCUUCUUCGGGUUUGCUUCCUAAUGCUGAGAAAACUGCUAUCUACUGUCAUGGAAUAUCUGAUGCUGUUGUAGAUAGGGUGCUGGCAGCUUCUGGAUUCACUCGAAGUCACCUGCCUUUUAGGUACCUCGGGAUACCUAUAUGUUCUAAACGAAUUUCUGCAGCAGAUUGUCAAUGCAUCUUGGAGAAGAUGACUAGUAGGAUUCAUUCUUGGAGCACUCGGAAUCUAUCUUAUAUGGGGAGAGUGACCUUGAUCAAUUCAGUCCUCAUCUCAAUUCAUUCAUAUUGGGCUCAGAUAAUGAUUCUACCAAAGAAAUUGAUUAAAGAUGUUGAAGCAAUUUGUAGGGAUUUUCUUUGGAAAGGUAUCUCAGACUCCCAUAUACCAGGAUUGAUUGCUUGGGAGUAUAAUUGCUCAUCAAGGGCGGCUGGUGGAUUGGGCUUUCGGCGAUUACAUGAUUGGAAUUUAGCUGCCAUGGGAAAGUAUCUUUGGGCAAUUGCCAAAAAGAAAGAUAACCUGUUUGUCAAGUGGAUUAAUAGCGUUUAUCUGAUGGAUAAGAAUUGGUGGGAUUACAAGUGUCCCUCUGAUUGUAGUUGGUACUGGAAGCGCUUAGUAGCUAUGAAGGAUUGCCUUAAAGAAAAAAUCUCUUAUGAUUCAUUCUUAUCACAGAGAUAUCAUAUAAAACUUGGUGUAAAUCUGCUGGUUUCUCCUGAAGUCCGUGUCCCGUGGAGGAAAUUUGUUUGGGAUAGAUUUAUCUCUCCCAAACAUCGAUUUAUCAUGUGGUUAGUCAUGUGGGAACGUCUGCACACAAAGAAUCGAAUAGCUAGAUAUAAUUCUAAUAUUGAUCUGGUUUGUUUGCUGUGUGGAGCAGAGAAUGAAGACAUAGACCAUCUCUUUUUCAAGUGUACAUACAGCAAGAGGUGUUUAGAGGCUAUCAAAGGCUGGCUUCAUUGGAAUGCACAGUCCAUCAAUCUCCACAGGCUCCUGCAUUGCAUUUCUCAUGCCAAGCAUGUAUCGAGUACAUAUAAAAGUAUAUUCUUCUCCUGUCUUGCUGUGACAGUGUACCAUCUUUGGAGAGUAAGAAAUGAUGUGCUUUGGAAUCAAAAGUUGUGGCAAGUGCAUCAUACAGUUAGUAGAAUUCAAAGUGAUUGUAAAUUUCGAUUGCUUAGUGUAUUUCCUUGUAAAGCUUCUAGGAAAGAUAGAGUUUUUUUUACCAGGUUGCUUUGA